UUCCCCAGUGACAGAAACAGCCUACAGACGGUUCACAGCCGGCACGGUAUUACUCCCUGCUUAACAUUUGUCCGUACAUCCACUUCAAGGAAUCUUUGGCAACGCAUUGUACAAUUGAUUAGCGUCGCAGUUAAGAGGAGAAAUCACAUAAUGGAACGCCAUCACAUAUUUUCAACUUUCGACGAGGAAGCUGUUAAAAAAGAAUGGGCGAGAUCAGUAGCAAUGGCAAGUCCACCCCAGAGGGUGAAAUGGACAGCGAUAGUCCUGACGUGUGCAAACAAGGCCCACACACAGGCUCUACAGAAAGAGCUUGAGCUCCGACAGGCCAAGGGUUACAUUGACAAGGACGUCAUCCUGCUUACUGUAGAAGAUCCCAAGUCUAACGUCGGGAGUGGUGGAGCCACCAUCAACGCUUUGCUGACUGUUGUAGAGUUCAUCAGUGCCAGGAAGGGCUACACGGUGAUCAACCCUGAUGUGCUUCAAGAUGCUCGAAUACUCAUCCUACAUCAUGGACGACCGUACGGCUAUGACACGUGUGGUCGAGUGUUCAUGACCCUCCCUGUCCAAUACACCUCACCGCAGUAUGACGGACUUGUGGACAUCCUGGACUACUACAUCAAAAUAUUCACCGAAAAACUGGCAGUGAAGGCAGAUCCCGGUGUAUGGAUCAGUAGCACAGACAUGCUCAUCUCCAUUCCAGCUGACGCAGAUAUUCCAUGGGAGCAGUCGGAGGUCAUUGCUGUCUCUGUGCCGUCCACACCUCAGUAUUGUAAGGACCAUGGAGUGUUUAAGAUUGAUGCAAAGGGAUUCGUAGAGGACAUUCUGUACAAAGAAAAAGUGGAAAAUUUGGAGUCUUGUCAGAGGUCAGAUGGAUCCGUGCCUUCCGUGGUGGGAAUAGUUUACUUCAAUGAGGCGGUUGCUGGGAAACUACUGUCCUUCUAUAUGAAACCCCCGCUCGAUGCCUGCACCUACAUGGGUCUGGACAGUGGUCAGCCCCCACUCCAGCUCUCUUUGUUUUUUGACGUCAUGUUGCCAAUGACGACUGGACUGUCCGAGACAGACUUUGUGUCUGGUGAGAGAAGCGGCACCUUUGGUAAACCCAUGCAGCAGCAGAGUAGUGAGUCUCGGACCAACAUGGCGCUGGCUCGCACUCUUCUGUGGAAGGAGUUGCGUGGAUACAGGAUGAAGACAUGUAUGGUUGAGAGUGGGAGCUUCCACUACCUGACAGACCUGGCCUCGGAACACAAGAAGAUGAUGCUGUCCUGCCCCCUAGAGCAAUGUGGCUUCAAGGAUCUCAUCUGGAAUAACAUUAUCCACUCAUGCAUCGAGGAUGAAGCUGAGGUGGAUAGCAAUGUCACAAUCAUAAACAGUCGUCUGCAAGGGGAGGUAACUGUAGGAGCGAGGAGUGUCGUGAGUCAUUGUGACCUGCAUGGCCGGAUCAGCAUUGGACGGGAUUCUGUCAUCUCCUGUCUUAGCGUGGAGGAAGUUAAUAAGAAAAAGAGAAUAAUCAACUUCGGAGACGGACUUGUGAUUCAGGGGUUCCACAUCUAUCUGAAGACCUUAGGGACAAGUCCAUAUGUCCUUACCAUCCAUGGCCGAUUCGACAACAUCAAGGCUCCAUCAUGGAAGGGCUCCAGUUCCUUCUGUAACGAGCCGUGGCUGGUCGUCCUCAACAGGACCGGCAUCACCAAGGAGGACUUGUGGGGGGACGGCAAGGAGAAUGACAAUCAGACGAUACUGACUGCCAAGAUGUUCCCGGUGUUUCAUGCCACGGAUGUGAUUGGUCUGCGUGAGAUUCUGUGGCUGCAGGGUCAGCUAGCUGAUGAUGGAGACAAGACAAUACUCAAACGGUGGCGCACCUCAUGGCGCCUCUCUUUGGAAGAAAUCCAAGCUUUCUCUGACACUAGGAAAAUAUUUGACCAAAGACGGGAACUCUUCUAUAAUAUCGCCAAACAUGAGAUAAACAACGUAUUGACCCAACAGCAGCACAAAGGUUUCCGCAACGUCUACAACAGCGCCAGCGUGGAGGGAUACUCUCAGACGAUACUGAAAUCCCUGGAUGAAGUGGCCAGCAGCACAAAAUCCCCAGGCAUCGCUGCUCGGACAUUGGCCAACAUCGCAGACGUCCUUGGCUGCAUGGCCGAAAAUAAGGGUGGACUGCGUAGCGGCCCUGCAGCCAACAAGUCCUGGGCCAAGGCUUUUGGUUAUCUCGAGUCCUUGGAUCUCUCAGUGGGUGUGGCUGCUCUGGCCAAGGAGAGAGAGCGCUGGCUGGGUCGUCCUGACCUGCUAGUAAGGGCAGCGCGACAUUAUGAGGGAGCAGCACAGAUACUCAUCAGACAGGCAGUGAUGACGGCGAAGGUGUAUUUCAAGCCCCAAGAAGGAACAUUGCCACGUAUCAACAAGUGGGUGACGGCAGAGUGCCCCGCCCGUAUUGACAUCACAGGGGGGUGGUCCGAUACACCUCCCAUCACAUACGAACACGGGGGAGCUGUCACAACAGUUGGGCUGCUUAUUAACGGGAAGAGGCCUAUUGGUGUAAAGGCACGAAGAAUACCUGACCCUGUGAUCAAGCUGGAGAUAUGCAACGACACUGCGGAGAGCCAGUAUGUGGUGUGCAAGGAGCUGUGUGACCUUGAAGACUACUACCAGCCCCAUACUCCAGGUGCCUUGUUAAAGGCCUCGUUUGUGUGUGCAGACAUCAUUGACCUGACUUCCAGCUCGUCCUUGGCCAAACAACUAAUGGACAAAUAUGGAGGCGGCUUUGAGAUGCAGUCCUGGUCAAAUCUUCCCACGGGCUCUGGGCUCGGCACCAGCAGCAUCUUGGCGGGGGCCGUGAUGGGGGCGGUGCUCACUGCAGGGGGCAAGUCAUGUGAGCCUGAAGGACUGGUACAUGCCGUGCUGUAUCUGGAGCAACUACUGACGACAGGGGGAGGGUGGCAGGACCAGGUUGGGGGGCUGUUUGGCGGGGUGAGGCUGGCAGUGUCAGAGGCACAGCUACCCCUGAGGGUGGAAGUGAAGGACCUGGAGGUGUCGGAGAGAAACAUCCAGAAGUUCAAUGAGAGACUCAUCCUCAUCUACACCGGAAAGACCAGACUCGCCAGGAACCUGCUCCAGGACGUCAUCAGAAACUGGUAUGCCCGCAACCCUCACAUAGUGCUAACAGAGGAUUUACUCGUAAUAAAAGCGCGGGAAGUGGCCGAAGCCUUCUCUGAUGGUGAUUUUGAGAUGCUUGGUGAGUGCGCCAAUGAGUACUGGAAAAUGAAGAAGAUGAUGGCACCGGGCUGCGAGACUCUUGUGAUUCAGAAGAUAAUGGAGGUUCUGCGCCCCCACAGUCUAGGCCUGUGUAUGGCAGGGGCCGGGGGAGGGGGGUUCUUGUGGGGUAUCAUGAAGGAAGCGAGCUCAAGGGCAGAGGUGGAGAAGCUGCUCUCUAGCGUACAGGGUCUGGAAGAUGUUGUCGUGUAUGAAGCUUGUGUGGACCAAUCAGGGCUCUCCAUUUCAAUUGAGGAGUAGGUUGUCAUGGUAACGAGUUUGAGGAAUGCUUAUGACUUUCUGUGAGUGAGAUUUACUGCCAUGACAGAAAAGACGCUGAAGGAAAAUGUACAAACACAUGAACAAUGACAUAAACAAAAAGAACCUAAAUAGGAUCUCAUGUAAUGGGUGAAUCUACAGCUGCUUCGUACAGACGUUGAUCAAAACUCUGAACUCAGCAGACGUCUUCGUCUGUUGUUGAAUUUGUGGAAAAUAUUAUGUUUUUUGUUUCUGUAUUUGCCUGCAUAACUUACUUUUGAAUUAUUCCAAUUUGGAUCUGUCAGGGUAUGAAGUAUAAAAUAGCCAGACGUCAU